CUGACAUCUUAGGGAGGCUGCAGUGGUUGUCGCCACUCUCCGAGCUUCAUCAUGCCGCCCAAGGAUGACAAGAAGAAGAAAGAUGCCGGAAAGUCGGCCAAAAAAGACAAAGACCCAGUAAAUAAGUCUGGUGGCAAGGUCAGAAAGAAGAAGUGGUCCAAAGGCAGGGUUCGGGACAAGCUCAACAAUCUGGUCCUGUUUGACAAAGCUGCUUACAACAACCUCUGUAAGGGGGUUCCCACCUACAAGCUCAUCACUCCAGCUGUGGUCUCUGAGAGACUGAAGAUUUGCGCUUCUUCGGCCAGGGCAGCCCUUCAGGAGCUAUUUAGCAAAGGACUUAUCAAGCUGAUUUCAUAGCACAGAACCCAAGUA